AUGGAUUUUAACACCAUUACCGAGAAUGCCUCAAGACUGGGGGCUCGUCUGCAGGAGACAUUUUCGGAGCACACGAGAGACCUGAAUCUUGCGAGGACAUCCAGCUCAGCCUAUCUAGACAAUCCGGAGGAGAAGGUGAGGAACAUAAAGAAACAGCUCGACUCGAAUAGCGAUAGGGAGAAAUUGGAUGCCAUGAAGAGACUCAUUGCACUCAUCUCCAAAGGACGCAAUGUCUCAGAGUACUUUCCCUACGUCGUCAAGAAUGUUGCGUCCCACAAUCUGGAGGUGCGGAAGCUCGUGUACAUAUAUCUCCUCCGUUACGCGGAGCAGGAGCCCGACCUCGCCCUCCUCUCCAUAAACACGUUCCAGAAGGACCUCUCCGAUACCAAUCCCCUCAUCCGUGCGAUGGCACUCCGUGUUCUUUCGGGCAUUCGUGUGCCUAUGAUUGGCAGUAUUGUGGUACUGGCCAUCAAGAAGUGCGCCGCCGACGUGAGCCCGUACGUCCGCAAGGCCGCUGCUCUUGCCAUUCCGAAGUGUUAUAGUCUAGAUUCUUCUCACCAGCCCGAACUCAUCACUAUCAUAUCCUCCUUGCUGCGAGACCACUCUCCACUCUCGAUCGGCAGCGUUGCUGUCGCAUUCACAGAGGUCUGUCCUACGCGUCUUGAUCUACUGCACCAACACUAUCGCCGGCUGUGCCGCACGCUCAUCGAUGCGGACGAAUGGGGGCAAGUAGACUUGCUCAACCUUCUCAUCCGAUACGCGCGUACCAUGCUUCCACGUCCCAGUAUGAACCCUGACACUGGAGAGGAAGAAGUGGAUGCUGACUUGAGAUUGCUGAUUAACUUGGCCGAGCCGCUGUUUCAGUCGCAGAAUCCUGCUGUAGUCCUCGCCGUCGCGCGGGUUUUCUAUUACUUAGCGCCCACCUCAGAAAUACCGAAGAUCGUUUCUCCUCUGCUUCGCCUUCUGCAUGCCUCCCAAGAGAUUGAACGCGUCGUGCUUGCGUACCUCGUGAUAGCAUCGUGGUCGAUAUGUCAAACUCUUGCGCCGUUUUACUCCCGGCUGCUCGUACGUGCAGACGAUGUGCCGCCAGUAAAAAAGGACAAGGCUCAUCUAUUACGAAACCUUAUCAAUACCGACAAUUAUCAAGCGCUGCUCCGCGAGUUCAUUAUAUAUGCAGACGAUGCAGACGAUGAACUAGUCGCUGAUGCGAUCCACGCCAUCGGGUACUGCGCGCGUAUCAUACCAGAUUCGACGCAACAGUGUCUCACGGCGCUCAUGUCUUUCAUCCAAAGCAAACAUGACGUUGUUGUAACGAACGCAGUGCUCGUUCUGAAAUCUCUAGUACAGAUUCGCCUGCAGCAGGAGAGCAACGCGGCUUUUGGCAUGUUUGGUAGUCCAUCAACGUCACCGCUUUCUAUUAUCGCUCGUCUCGCCUGGAAGAUUGAUGAGAUCCACCAUCCGCAAGCUCGAGCGUGCGUGCUCUGGCUGGUGGGUCAGUACGCCGCCGCUGACCCGCAGCGGAACGGAAUCGAAGAAACGCACAUAGACGGUAUAACGCCGUGGGCACCAGAUGUUCUCCGCAAGACUGCGAAGUCGUUUGCGCAGGAGACCCCCACCGUGAAGUUGCAGAUUCUGACCCUCGUUGCGAAGCUGCUCGUACUGUCCCCUACCGAUCGCACUCUUGAUUUGCUCAGUCGCUAUGUGUUCUCUCUGGCACGCUACGACUUGAACUUUGAUGUACGUGACCGUGCUCGCAUGCUCAGCUCGCUUCUCUCGGGUGUGAAUGCCGCUGUGGCACAUGAUGGAGAGUCGUACGAGGAUCCAGGAGGCGUCACACUUCGGCGAGAGCAGGUUCGUAUGGUGUUGUUCGAAGGCAAGCUCGGCUUAUCAGAAGAUAUUAGACAUGAUGAGGAGCGGCUACCGUUUGGCACUCUGGGAGGCAUCACUGGCAAGGAAUCCAUGGAAAGCCGCCUCCCUGACUGGCUCGAAGAGGGCACAGAGCCUUCUCUACGCGACUCCGAGGAUGACGUGCCACCCAUGCCUGCAGUCACACAAAUAUCCUCGCAGGGAGUAGGGCCGCGCUCCAUCACUGCCAGAACCUCACCCGUGGUCCUGACUCCUACUGACGGGACCCCUCCUUCUGGUUCCUUCGGCCGCCAGGAUGGGGCCAAGGGAACUUAUACGGAUCUGGAUCAGUUUUAUGCAGAUAUCAAUGAAGAAAAGGAAGACGAGGAAGAGGAAGACGAGGAAAGCGAGAGCGAGGAGAGCGAGGAAGAGAAGAGCGAGGAUGAUGAGGAGUCUGGUAGCGAUGAUAACGUCGACGAGAACAACGGGGAAGACAAUGACGAUGGCCGAAUACAUAGAUAG